AUGAACUUAUUUCAAUUUCUAAGUACUCCGAAUUUUGAUUUUAUUGAAGGACUUUCGCCAUCCAAUUGUGCCCAGUUAUAUGUGGCCUCCUACAAAGCCCAACAACGGAAACGGAUACGAAGUUUAAGCUUAUUCCUUUAUGCCGUUACGCCUACCAUGACGUCAUUUCCUUGCCGAAGGUAUUCUCUUAACUGCAAAUCUCUAUGUUCAGUUGCGAAGCUGUCUAAUGCGGCUGGUGGAGUCCUAUAAUGUCUCGAAUUUCGUGAAGGCCGCAUUCAGUACGCUAACUAGUUUAACUGUACGGGUGCCGAUUCAUACCAGUGAACAGGUUCGUUAGAAGAAUAUUCAACUUUAUUUCCUAUAUGUCAUAUUCUUUUUGAAAUUUCGACGCCGUUUUUAUUGUGUACUUUUCUAUCAUUAUUUGCUGAUGUCCCAUUACUGUGUUCCUCCUGUUUUUGCAGGUUGACUAUAUUUUACAGUUUCUGCUGAAGGAAACAAGACGAGAUGUGAAAUUAAGCCUUCUUUCGGAUCUUUCUCAACUAGCAGGCUAUCUCCCAAACCAAUGGAGUGUCUCGCAAACACAUGUGCGUCUAAGAUGGGGGCAUCUCUUCCGCCAAUCUCCCAAUACCGUUUGUUUGCGUCCUUUUAACAGCUUUACAGUCUUACGUUUAUUUUUGAUUGUCUGGGCCCUUGUUGCACCUAUAUACAGCCCUGCU